AUGCCCCGCUCGCGAGGAUCACGACCUGCACCCCGUUCUGCUCCUUCCUCGGCACCUUCUGGAUCUCGCUCAGCCUCUAGUGUAGCUGCGCCAGCUCCCCCAGCUCACGCUCCGCCAGCGACGUCGACCGGCCAAAGCCAAGGGCCCGGCAUGCUUGCGCAAAUGGCAGCGACAGCCGGCAGCGUUGCGGUCGGCUCCACCGUUGGACAUGGAAUUUCUCACAUGCUCUUUGGUGGAGGACGUGCGCAAGAGGCAUCCGACGCGGCCCCAGCUGCUUCUCAUCAGCAGACUACCGCUGCUGGUGGCAGUUGUGAAUUCCAAGCUAAAGCUACUACUGGAGGAGCCAGUGGUGUCACCGUUACUCCGACAACCAACGCAGAAUUGAUCACCUAUUUGUCGGAUAGCACUGCUUUGUCGCACGAUCAUUUUGACAAAAACAUUCGACUUUACCCACUCAAGGGCAUUGGGCUGCGCAUCGCUGGGUCAAGCAAUGUCAUUGUCCAAAAUAUACAUAUCACCGACAUCAAUGCGAAGUCAGUACGUACGAUUGCACCGACAGGGGACAAUUUACAGUUUGUAGUCAGUCUCGACGGCGCUUCCAAAGUUUGGAUUGACCACAACCACAUCCAAAACAUUGGUCGCCAGUUCCUCGUCAAUGGAUUCAACCCAUCUACACAAGUGUCCAUCUCCAAUGACUACCUUGACGGGCGCGCUACGUACUCGACUGGAUGUGACGGCGACCACCAUGGGGUUGCACUUUUUUCUGGAACUGGUGAUGAAAUCACUGUAUCAUCUGGCUUCACCUGGGUCCAUAUCGCCAAUAACAACAUUACGGGUCACGCGUUGGACUCGGAUACAACGGCUGUCGUGCUCGCCGAGGGCAAUUACUUCAACUCAGUGACCACGCCCUCUGUUUCAGGUAGCGCCGGCAAGGAAUACUUUAGCACAACUGCUGCAUACGUCUCGACGUGUACCUCUGUACUUGGUCACGCGUGUCAAGCCAACCAACUUGUCUCUUCUGGCUCAGUCUCCGGUGCGGAUAGUUCUGUGCUCAACACUUUUGGUCCCGCGCGCACCUCACAACGAAGAGACUCGGCCGCGCAACUACCUGCUGUACGUCAGGUGAGCCCGACAAUCGGCCAACCCGGACAUUGGAGUGCGCAAAUCAGCCACGCUACGAUGCACGCAGGUGGGCCCUCUACCAUAGAUGGGGCCCACCCAAGUCGACCAUUUCACUACGCUCUGCCUCAAGGCCAUCCCCAUGGCCGGAUGCACGGGUCUGUCCCUCCGACCCCGUUAUACUAUCCAGUCCCUGGUCAUGCGACAAACUCUCCAGUUCAAAUACCUUCGAAUCCCCCUCCGUCCACUGCACCCACAUCUGGUUCCCCGGCGUCGCCUAUGCAGCCCGCAGUGCUUAGUUCAGAUCAACAGUACCUUCAGUGGAGUGCUCAAGGGCUGCCAGGCGCGAUGCGUUCGAUAUCUGCUGUCCGCGACGAGCGUGAAGGCUAUCAAUAUCCCGUUGAAGUUGCAGCGCCGUCCGCUGCGGCGACGGGCAGCGACGUAGGCGCAAUAAGACAACAACGACAUCACUCCCUCGGAAAUGAACCUUACUCGCUUUAUCCACCCCAGCACCAGCAACUUCAUCGCCGAGUAGCGUCGUUGCAGCAUCCGUAUGCGCCGACGGAGACGACAGCGUUCGUAUCAUACGAUGGAUCUUCCCAGAGCCAGCAGGAUCUUCAACGUCAAGCAUAUAUCCAGCCUCGACCAUCCUACCCGCUCCCAGGCCCACAUCAAUGGUCUCCUCAUACUCCACCCACUUCUACCUCCUUUCAAGUCGAUAUGCUCGCCAGACAACAGAGGCGAGGCAGUUUCGGCCAGUUUGCACAUUCUCUACCUUCCUCUGCAAUCCCUUCACCAACACAAGCUGCCCCGUCUCCUUCAGCCACAUAUAGGUUUCUCGGCAGGGAAGGUAUGAACAUGAGGGAACGAAGCGACAGUAUCGCACCACCACCAACAGCAUCCUCGUCGUCUUCCUCGGUUGCGAGUGGUAUGGUUCAUCCUGCAGCACGAAUGGCACUCGCCCAUCCUGAACUUAGCCCAUCUGGCGUACCUUUGGACUAUAACCUCCAGAGCUCGGCACUGUUACAAGGCACUGAAUCCCCUGCUCUUGGGAUUUCCACUGGGCCAACCCAAGAACUCCCCACUGAGGCCGCCGACGAACCGGAUUCCAACGCCCAGGCCGCCAAAACAACAACAGGGGGCGGGAGACGCGAGAAACGCAAAGAUAGUCGUCCGCACAAGUGUCCGACAUGCGCAAAAGGUUUCCCUCGUCCGAGCGCUCUCGAGACGCACAUGACAGUUCAUUCCGGCGCAAAGCCUUACCCAUGCCCGAUCAAGACGUGCAACAAGUCGUUUGCUGUUCGUUCCAACGCUCGACGACAUCUCAAGACUCAUGGUAUCAAGAUAAAGACACGCGAGCGUCGUAGUCUCGCUACCACAGAUGCAAGCACGUCUCUCACAAAGGGAAAGGGGAGGAAAGGUGGUUCCUCGUUGAACAAGGAGCGCGUUUACGAGGAUGAAGAGAGGGAUACAUCUCCGAACAAUGAUGACAACGACGACGGCCUCGAGUCGGAAGAAGACGGUGACGAGCGAGUAGGCUUACAACCAAUUGCAUCGACUUCGCGAGCCGCCGUUCACUCGCAUUCGACCGCAGCACAGUAUAAUCUCCCUCUUUUGGCCGAUUCUACAACUCCUUCGACGUCUGCACAUGCUCAGUCGGCGUACAAGGCUACCUCCUGGGGUGGGACCCAAACGACGAGCGUUGCGCUGACGCGUCCCACUACUCGAAGCAGUGCAUUUCGAUCUGCACCACAUCGUGGCCACGGGAGUGUGCUCACAGACGAUCCACUCGGCUUAGCUGGGACGGUGGAGAUAGUACGCCAGGAAUUUGAUGUCCUCCAGCCUCCCCCUCCUUCCUUGGUGACGACUGGUUCGCUCCAGUCAAGCAAUCCAUCCGCCAAUCCUGAUACCUACCCCAUAUCCCUUGAUCACAACGAGGCAACACUACGCGGUGAGGAUGGUGGCGACGAAACGACGACGAGGAAGGCCGUUCGCCCUGGUGCAGAUCGGAGCACUGCUGCCGAACGGCGUACGUCAAGGAGAAGGGAAAGCGGUAAAGGCUCGGAAACGUCCACUAGUAUCGCGACUGGGGGAAGCACUGGUGGUGGUGGCGGACACGCGUUGAGGGCGCAGCGCGAGGCCACCGCGAGCGCACGUCGGACGCGUGGUGCCAGUGCUGCAUCUUCUCAUCGUGCACCAGUUUCCCGACCUGACGUUGCUUCGUCGCAUACUGUCGGCGCUGAAGAUAGCCCCGAGACUGGUGUUCGUCUUCCAGCGGAUGCGACCUCUGUCCAUCCGUCUUCACUCGAGGCAAUCGAAGUCAUCAAUCAGUACUCCUCUGCUUCUCAUGGUAGGAAUGGAGACGAUAGACCGUAUGAUAUCGAGGUGCAGGUCGAGGGGGAUUGGGGCGGUUCAGAAGGCGUCCUCAACGACCUCUCUGAGAGCGCUUUGCGCAAUCUCUAUUCCUCUCGACGUGAACCAGACCCAGCUUCCGUAGCUCGUGCCGUUCCAUCCUCUGGAGAGAUCAUCUUGCCGGCCAUGGACCAGACUGCGCUUGACAAGCUCAUCGCGCCGCCGACACGUUGGAAAACGUUUGAACGCCAGAAGCUGAUGCGCGAGAGGUUGAACGAGGAGCUGGAUGGAGUCGCUGCUGCCAAUUAUACCACCAUUGCUGCGCCUGGUACGACCACUCUCAGCGUAGGAGGCGUCUCAGGCGUCCUCGACCGCAUGCUCGAGUAUGCCCACGCAGAUCAAGCUGGCAUCCUCCCCCCUCGAAUGGUCGAUUAUCCUGUGGUGGGAGGUCCCCACCCCUACACAAACACUGCGGUGUCCUGGCCGGCCUCUUCACUCACGAGAAGCGUGGCAGCACUCAGUGCUUCCAUGGACCUGACUCCACCUGCGCUCGUUGGCACCUCGUCGUCCUUUCCAGAUACCCACGAUGUAUUCUCAAUCUCGGCACCUGAAUGCUUCAACGGACCAGCUCAUGCAGAGGAAGCCUUCGGAGGCUACAUUCGAACAGAUGGAACGCGUGUCCCCCAUAGCAUGUCUCUCUUCAAGAAUGUAGACGCGCUCAAGAACUCGCCUCCAUUCGACUUGCUCAACCUUUCCACCGUCGCGUUGGGUUUUCACCUUGCGUUCCACGCCGCAUAUGUCUCUCUCCUCCUUGUUGACGGUCAUGGACUGACCACUCGUACCCAUGCUUCGUCUCCACCCGGACUCAAUCUCGCUGGCCGAAUGUCAACCCUCGAUACCCAUCCGACUUUAUGCUCGUCCGCACCUAUAUGCACGUAUGCAAACCUUUAUGCUCACAUAGCCGUGCAGCCCAAGACUCCCGCGUUUCCUGGAGACAAAGCGGAAGAACGCGACUCGUUUUCGCCGACGAUCGGUUCCAAUCCGUACCAGAAUGAUCAGUUUGUCCUGCGACCCGUCUUACCUGGACCAGCACCUCAUGUCAACGCCGCAUCACACUUUGCGCUCAAGUCAGCUUCGAUCCACAAACGUCCGUCGUCGGCGAGAUUGGUGGUGGCGUAG